AUGGAAAAACCGCCGGAUGAUGGAGUGCAGCGAACCGAAUUUCUCAAGGACGCUAUUCGCAAGGUGGACGAUUCCCAACUCUCGUUUUUUGUCAAGAAUAAAGAAAAGAUUAUGUCUAAUGACGUCCAGGGCACGGCCUCGGCACUCUUUAGAAAGCGGUUGGGAACGCUGGCAUCGAAGAGUGCCUGGUGUCAAAAACUGGCCAAGGAAGCUGAAGAACGGCAACGUCGCAUUGAGGCAGAACGCCUGGCUAGAGAGGAGGCAAUGAUGAGGAGGGAAGAGAUUGACUUCGAACUGGAUAUGAGACCUGCCUCCCCGAAGACCAGGAGUACGCUGUACAAUGGUGUUUCGCAUGAUUACGAGGGCAGGUGA